AUGGCUCCCGAAAUCUCCCAAAUCCCUUUCUCCUACCCUACCUGCUCAAUAGGCUCCUCCAAAUCCGACACCCUCCCCCGCAAGCUCGACGCCAUCCACCAAGCCAGCUUCACCGGAAUCGAGCUCUCCUUCCCGGACAUCACCGCCUAUGGCUCAACCCUCCUUGGUCAUGAAGUGGCAUCAGAUAACUACCCCGAGCUCGUCACCGUCGCAAAGGAGAUCCGCAAGCUAUGCGACGCCAAGAACCUAAAGGUGAUAAUGCUGCAACCGUUCGGACACCUCGAGGGCUGGCCACGGGGGUCGAAGGAGAGGGAAGAUGCGUUUAAUAGAGCAAAGGGGUGGAUCGAGAUUAUGCGGGCCGUGGGGACGGAUUUACUCCAGGUCGGAUCAACAGAUACACCACUCGACAAAUUAUCCGCCACACAAGAAAACAUCGUCGCCGAUCUACGCGAGCUCUGCGAUCUCCUAGCGCCUCAUAACAUGCGCGUCACGUACGAGAACUGGUGUUUUUCCACGCAUGCCCCGACCUGGAAGGACGUCUGGACGCUCAUCUGCCGGGUCGAUCGGCCGAAUAUCGGGCUCUGUUUGGAUACGUUCCAGACGGCGGGGUCGGAAUGGGGUGAUCCGACUACGGUUACGGGGCGGGUUGAGGAUUUAGCGGUUGAGGAGCUGGAUCGGCGGUUUGAGAGGAGUAUGGAGGAGUUGGUGCGCACGGUUCCCCCGGAGAAGAUCGAUCUAUUCCAGAUUUCGGAUGCAUAUAGGCCGGUUCGGCCGAUUGGGGAGUUCACGGCGGAGGGACUUUCGCCGCGGGGGCAGUGGAGUGGAGCGUAUCGGCCGGUGCCGUAUGGUGGGGGGUAUUUGCCUAUCGAAGUGGUUGGGAGGGCGGCGUUGAAGACAGGGUUUAGGGGGUGGUUUUCCUUGGAGAUUUUUGAUGGGGGUGCGGAUGGGAAGGGGAAGGACUAUGAGAUGGGGGAAUUUGCGCGGAAUGGUAUGGCGAGUAUGAGGAAGUUUGUUGAGAGGUGUGCGGAGGGGAUUUAG